CGUUGGGGUCAAGGCUGUUGCCUCGAGCAGCCGUGCAGCAGCACCACUGCACAAGCUCUGCACAAGAGCCGCUCCACACUAUUAAAGCUGGCCUUGACGCGUCAAUCGCUGCGGCAGGGGCGUGUAGCGUCUAUUAUCCACCGCUAUAGCACGCCUAGUGAGUAUUGCGAUCAGCAGGCCUGCUCAAAAAGCUGCACUGCCAGAGAGCACACGAUCAGUGAGGUGCUGCAGCGGACCGCCAAGCGCCCGUCCCUUGCUGUAAGUUGCGCAUCGAUACGUUUGGACGUGUGCGAGCCGCCAGCCGCCAGUUCCGAACGAACGCCCGCAACGCACUGAGAGAGCAGCCCUCUGGUUACACCUCCACGAUGCUUGAAGUCGGCGUCGUGGGCGGCGGCCUCAUGGGCAUGGCCACUUCUUACUUCCUGCUGCGGAGCGGUCGCUGCCGCGUGACCCUCUACGACGCGUCGCUGCGCCGACCCGUCACGGGCUACAGCGCGUGCGCGUCGUCCGUCGCUGGUGGUUUGCUGCACCCGCUGACGCCGCGCCUGAAGCCGGCCUGGGAGGCGACCGAGGCAUUGCGCAAGGCUGAUGAGCUGGUCCGCGAAGCCGAGCGAGCGGCGAAGACGAGCCUCGUCACGACGGAUGUCGUGCUUCGGCCGGCGAUUGAUGAUGAUGACGCUAUCACAUUACAAGCCGCCGCCGCGGACCGCCCCGAGUGGCUCGAGUGGCUUGAUUCAGAAGCCUUUGUCGAAGCUUCGGGCCGCGCCGAUCUCAACAAUGGCGGCGUCCGUUACAUAGGAGGGAGGUGCGUCGACCCGCGGGGCUACCUGGACGCGCUGCGGGUCUUGAACGAAAAUGCGGGUGAGUUUUCUGUUGUGGAAGAGGCCGUGGACCCGCGCGAGUUAGACCAUAUGGAGACCAUACUGUGCGGCGGCGCCGACGCGUUCAGAAAAUUCCCGGAGCUGUUUCCGGGCGGGCUCACGCUCACGCGCGGCGAGAGCCUCGUCUACGACGCGUCUACUACGAAUGGACCGGCGCUCUUGCGGGGCUCGUACCUCUGCCCCGGCGCGAACGGUUUGAUAUUGGGAGCGACGCACGAGCACUUUGACGAUUCAAAGGCUGCCGUCGACGCGCCGCCGCGAGCACCAGAAGAGCUCCGCGCCGGCGGCUUACGGGAGGCCGCGGAUCUGCUGGCGGCGCCAGGCGCGUCACCGAAAGGCGCGACGGCGGGCGUGCGCCUGAACGGCCCGCGGACGCACCUCGGCCGCUUGCCCUUCGCCUUCCGCCACGAAGAAGGAUUGUGGGUCGCGGGCGGGCUCGGCGCGCGGGGGUUCCUGCGGCACGCGCAGCUCGGGGAGGUCGUGGCGGACGCGGUGCUGGGGGGAGAGGUGCCGGCGGCGUUCUGUCCUCGCCGCGGCGGGGUGGUUGAGUAGUG